UAUGAAUUGAAGGUUGAAAAAAAUUGAAGCUAUUCUCGAACUUUACUCGGUGAACAAUGAAACGAUUAGCUAUGCAAAUAACAACUGAAGUGCUUUCGGUCUAUAAUUAGUCUCAUCAGUUGAAAACUUUCCAUGACGUAAGUUAUUCAGAGAAGAGGACACUCAAUGACUCUAGACGAUAUAACUUAAUCGGUGUAAUCGACAUAGAAAAUGAACAUUAAGAAUAAUUGAUAAUAAUAACUUUUGAAAUAUAUGCUUCCAUAAUAAAACUGAAUGCCUCGCAGUUUUGUUACAUAUUUACAAACAAGUUACAAUGAACGUUACAACUAAUACAUUUCAACCUAUCGGCGACCUAUUGUUGGUUUCAUUGUUGAACAAUCUUACCUUGAUUCACUUUGCUCAUUAUUAUGCCGUAUGUGUAAUCAGGUCCUGGUCGGAUGAAAUUUAUUUGAACAAAACAAUGCCAAUGCUGACGCUUUCGGUCGAUGAAGAAAAUUUCGAGGAAUCCUAUCAGUAUGCAGUAGAUCUGGGCUGUCAGGGCUUUAUAGUGUCGGAAACUGCCUUUACGCCGUUCUUGGAUCUGUUCAUAGCUGUACAUGAUCAAUCCGAUCAACGGUCGUCUGCAAAAAGAUUGAUCACAGUAAUGAAUACAUCCAGCUUGGAUGCACUGAAUCAAUUUAAAGAUCAUCGAGCCAUCAUAGAGCUACCGGAGCUGCUAUUCAUAUGCCCAGAAGAACAAGUUGGAAAAUUUGCAUACCAUACAACGAAAAUAUUCAAUAAUGGAAGCCGAAGUGCCUACAACGUUGCCAUUGAACCAAUUUGGCCACCGGACUACUUUCCGGACAAGUUUGUUAAUAUGAACGGUUUCCCAAUCAAGCUGUGCAGCCUGAUGUACCCGCCCUAUGUUUAUUAUGCGGAAACAACUCCCGAGUUGGCCAACGCAAGAUACGAUCCUGCCUUCAAACAGGAUGAUGUUCCACUGUUUUUGGAUGGCACAGAACCUACACUGAUCUUGGAAUUUUGUAGCAGGUACAAUUGCACCGUAGAGGCUUCGUUUGAUGAAGCACAUUUCUGGGGAAACGUGUAUGAUAACGGUACUGGAAAUGGACUUCUUGGAGCUGUUGUCGAACGAAGAGCAGACAUGGCGGUGGCUGCUAUAUACUACUGGAGAAAACCGUACGAGUUCUCCACCUACACGCAGCCAAUAAGUCGAUCUGGCAUCACUGUUCUGGUCCCAAAGCCACGAAUGUUAGCGCCCUGGAGGACACCUUUCCUAUCGUUUGCUGGAUCGCUGUGGAUCGCCGUGUUUGUCGCCUUCUGUGCCGGCACCAUUGCCGUAUGGUUGAUCGAAAAAGGACGCUUCACAAUCUUGCAGCCAGCGAACGAAUCGCCUAUCACCAUUAGUGAUGCAAUGCUGACCAUGAUUGGGUUCUACAUGGAACAAUCCGCUCGGAUGCGUACGGAUAUGAUAUCUUGCACUUUUCUAACAAUUUCACUGUUGUUUGCUGGAUUUAUGGUUGGUAACAGUUAUGGUGGUGGAUUGGCCGGAGUCAUGACUCUACCACAGUACGAAAAGCCAAUUGAUACUACGUAUGAUCUGGCCGCCAGUGGAACUUUGUACGCUGGUGAAGCUCUCUCGUGGAUUUUUUCUAUUCUUUAUGCUCCUCAGCCUCACAUGAAAAUUCUAGUCAAAAACUACCGUGUCGAGGAUAUGGAUCAUCUUAUUGCACAUUCUAAAUCGCAUGACCUCGGAUAUAUCGGAGAACGAACGGAAGCCUGCCAUUUUGUACCGGCAUCUUUUGUAGACAACGAGGCUUCAACAAUGCUUCAACUGCUGAAAGACGAUCUGUACUGGGAGAGUGUCGUAGCGAUCGUUACUAAAACUUGUCCUUUCCGCCAGGCUUUCAACGAUUUUAUUAUGCAAGUGAAGCAGUCCGGAGUACAGAUGUUUUGGGAAAUAAGGUCAGCCAAUCGUUACCUUCAUACCAUUGUGCAGCAAAACAUCUGGAAUGCUCGAGCGAGUGCCGGAGAUGAUGAAGUUGUGAAACUAACAAUUUCCCAUUUCCUGGGAGCAUAUUUGAUUUUGAGCAUCGGAUGCAGCUUGGCAAGCAUUUCUUUCAUGGUGGAAUAUUUUCAUUCAAAAAUUGCUAAAUAUUUCAAUCGCAUAACGUCUCUGUUCAAACCGGAACCCAGAUCAAUCGAAAGCGACACGACCAUCGAAUUACAGGACAUGGAUGAGCUCGAUUAUGAAGAAAAAAUAGACAAGAACUAAAAUAAAUAUUUUUUUCACAAAUUAAUU